AUGCUGCCUUGUCAAACUUUAGUAGAGGCUCGCUUCAACCCAAAAUCUCCGGCUGAUCAACUGCAACUUGACUUCAAACUACUCUUCUCUCAUAAAUAUCCUCAGUCAGGCAGGAUGAGAUCAAUCUACGCUCUUGGUCUUCUUGCCCUUAGCUCGGCACUUGGAGCAUGGGCAGCGCCUGUUGCAAAUCCUGCCUCUGCCCUUGCCCCACGUAUGGCGGAGGACACCGACAAAGCCAAACGCAUGACCAUGUACUACCAGGACGAUGUCGCUGAAGAGGUUGAUCCCGAGACCACCGACUAG